UUGCACAUAAAAUCAGAGUCUUUCAGGGACUCAAUACUUAAUCGAAGUGAUUUAGUGUCCGCCUGCGCCCAUAAAUGCGUCACGGAGGCGAUUGAAGCAGCAGGAGCACGGCUGAUUGAACCGAUCAUGCGGCUCGAUAUAAGUCUGGAAAGCGGCACUGAAGCGCAGCCCAUCUUGCAGGAGCUCUCUAGUCGCCGUGGUGACAUUCUAGAGUGCUGCGGAACUCACUGGGGAUCCACAUAUAUAUCCGCUCGUCUUCCAUUAUCAGAGAUGGCAGGUUUCCCAACCACGUUGCGAACCUUGUCGUCAGGCAUGGCCACACUACAUGUGCAAGUUGAUGACUACAGGAUAGUAUCCGAGAAUGAUCAGGCAAACAUUGUUAGCAGGCUGAAAGGAACAAAAUAG